AUGCGUGAUGUAAAGAAUGUAAAAAGAGUGAAGACGCACUCUGACGACGUGGUCACCGCUGGACGGUCACGCACCGAGCCAGUUCACUCUCAGACGAGAGAUAGCUGUGGCGAUAGUAAAACUUUAAUCACUGGGUUUAUUUCCCUGUCACUCUUGUUCUCUACUGAUUGUACCGCGCCCUUAUUGUACCGCGCCCUUAUUGUACCGCACCCUUAUUGUACCGCGCCCUUAUUGUACCGCACCCUUAUUGUACCGCGCCCUUAUUGUACCGCGCCCUUAUUGUACCGCGCCCUUAUUGUACCGCGCCCUUAUUGUACCGCACCCUUCUUGUACCGCACCCUUCUUGUACCGCGCCCUUAUUGUACCGCGCCCUACCGCGCCCUUAUUGUACCGCACCCUUAUUGUACCGCACCCUUCUUGUACCGCACCCUUCUUGUACCGCGCCCUUAUUGUACCGCACCCUUAUUGUACCGCGCCCUUAUUGUACCGCGCCCUUAUUGUACCGCGCCCUUAUUGUACCGCGCCCUUAUUGUACCGCGCCCUUAUUGUACCGCGCCCUUAUUGUACCGCACCCUUAUUGUACCGCACCCUUCUUGUACCGCGCCCUUCUUGUACCGCGCCCUUAUUGUACCGCGCCCUUAUUGUACCGCGCCCUUAUUGUACCGCACCCUUAUUGUACCGCACCCUUCUUGUACCGCACCCUUCUUGUACCGCGCCCUUCUUGUACCGCGCCCUUAUUGUACCGAGCCCUUAUUGUACCGAGCCCUUAUUGUACCGCGCCCUUAUUGUACCGCGCCCUUAUUGUACCGCGCCCUUAUUGUACCGCGCCCUUAUUGUACCGCGCCCUUAUUGUACCGCACCCUUAUUGUACCGCGCCCUUAUUGUACCGCACCCUUCUUGUACCGCACCCUUAUUGUACCGCACCCUUCUUGUACCGCACCCUUCUUGUACCGCUCCCUUCUUGUACCGCGCCCUUAUUGUACCGCACCCUUCUUGUACCGCACCCUUAUUGUACCGCGCCCUUAUUGUACCGCGCCCUUAUUGUACCGCGCCCUUAUUGUACCGCGCCCUUAUUGUACCGCGCCCUUAUUGUACCGCACCCUUAUUGUACCGCGCCCUUAUUGUACCGCGCCCUUAUUGUACCGCGCCCUUAUUGUACCGCACCCUUAUUGUACCGCGCCCUUAUUGUACCGCGCCCUUAUUGUACCGCGCCCUUAUUGUACCGCGCCCUUAUUGUACCGCACCCUUAUUGUACCGCGCCCUUAUUGUACCGCGCCCUUAUUGUACCGCGCCCUUAUUGUACCGCGCCCUUAUUGUACCGCACCCUUAUUGUACCGCGUACCGCCCCUUAUUGUACCGCGCCCUUAUUGUACCGCACCCUUCUUGUACCGCGCCCUUAUUGUACCGCGCCCUUAUUGUACUGCACCCUUCUUGUACCGCACCCUUCUUGUACUGCACCCUUCUUGUACCGCACCCUUCUUGUACCGCACCCUUCUUGUACCGCACCCUUCUUGUACCGCACCCUUCUUGUACCGCACCCUUCUUGUACCGCACCCUUCUUGUACCGCACCCUUCUUGUACCGCACCCUUCUUGUACCGCACCCUUCUUGUACCGCACCCUUCUUGUACCGCACCCUUCUUGUACUGCACCCUUCUUGUACCGCACCCUUCUUGUACUGCACCCUUCUUGUACUGCACCCUUCUUGUACCGCACCCUUCUUGUACCGCACCCUUCUUGUACCGCACCCUUCUUGUACCGCACCCUUCUUGUACCGCACCCUGCUUGUACCGCACCCUUCUUGUACCGCACCCUUCUUGUACCGCACCCUUCUUGUACUGCACCCUUCUUGUACCGCACCCUUCUUGUACCGCACCCUUCUUGUACCGCACCCUUCUUGUACUGCACCCUUCUUGUACCGCACCCUUCUUGUACUGCACCCUUCUUGUACUGCACCCUUCUUGUACCGCACCCUUCUUGUACCGCACCCUUCUUGUACCGCACCCUUCUUGUACCGCAACCUUCUUGUACUGCACCCUUCUUGUACCGCACCCUUCUUGUACCGCACCCUUCUUGUACCGCGCCCUUCUUGUACCGCACCCUUCUUGUACCGCACCCUUCUUGUACCGCGCCCUUAUUGUACCGCACCCUUCUUGUACCGCACCCUUCUUGUACCGCGCCCUUAUUGUACCGCACCCUUCUUGUACCGCACCCUUCUUGUACCGCGCCCUUAUUGUACCGCACCCUUCUUGUACCGCACCCUUCUUGUACCGCGCCCUUAUUGUACCGCACCCUUCUUGUACCGCACCCUUCUUGUACCGCGCCCUUAUUGUACCGCACCCUUCUUGUACCGCACCCUUCUUGUACCGCGCCCUUAUUGUACCGCACCCUUCUUGUACCGCACCCUUCUUGUACCGCACCCUUCUUGUACCGCACCCUUCUUGUACCGCACCCUUCUUGUACCGCGCCCUUAUUGUACCGCACCCUUCUUGUACCGCACCCUUCUUGUACCGCACUCUUCUUGUACCGCACCCUUCUUGUACCGCACCCUUGCCAACACUCCAGCG